AUGUCGACAAUAUUAGAAGAUGAUAGUGAUGACAGCGAAGAAUGGAUUUCCAUUGAUGAUGAUAAUGAUGAUGACAAUGAUAGUGAAGAUGAAGAUAAUAAGUUAACCUAUCAUCAUAACGAGCCAGAAGAAUUAAAAGACCUGGACUGGAAUGAUUUACCGAAUUUUAUUCGACGUAAAUCCAUCGCCAAUAAUAUUAUUAUUAGAUUACCAUACAAGGGUACUCAAUUUUACUUAGGUUCUGAAAAAGAUUUUCAACAAAAAGAAACCGAUUAUAUGAAACGAACAGGUGCUUACAAAUUGAUAGAUAAACUAGAUGGAAUUCAUCGAACUGCUAGUCAAACAUGUCUAGCCGAUAUUGUCGAACAAGUAGAAAUCAAAUUGGAUAAUUUACUUGAUUCAAAAUGUAUCGACGAAGUACACUAUAUGAAAAUGAAUAUUAGUCGAUUAUCGGUUCGAAUGCAUUAUCUUUAUUUUGUACCAGAAAUUCACAAAGAAGGAAUUCCAGUUCGACCAAUUAUGAUAUGUAAUGAUGGACCAACAAUGAACAUAGUUCGUUAUAUAACUCCUAUUCUAUGGUCUAUUUUUGAUCGAGCAACUAAUUGCAGACGAUUUUCAAAUGGUGCUGUCGAUGUUAUACAUGCCAUUGAACAUUAUGCUCAAAUAGGUCAUCUUAUACCUCGAACUCUCUUCGUAACAUUUAAUAUGGAUGAAUUGAUGACAGUUUUCGACAUGAUGAAACAAUAG